AUGUCAGAUCAUGUACUGAUAAUUAAGUUCUUUGCAGGAUGCGCCCAGGAUGAUGAGGGACGUAUCAUUGGAGGGUAUCCCUGCAUUCCUCAUUCUCAGCCCUGGCAGGCUUAUGUGACUGGACAGUACAUUUGUGGGGGAACACUGAUUGCGCCAGGCUGGGUACUGACUGCUGCACACUGUCUUAGCCGCAACAUGGUUGUCCGGCUGGGGGAACACAACCUCCAUUACUGGGAUGGAAUAGAGCAGAUCCGGAGAGUGGUCAGGGCCAUUCGGCAUCCCCAGUAUGACACCCGCACUCUCAACAAUGAUAUCAUGCUUCUUAAAAUGGACAGGCCUGUCUCUUUGAGCCGGAAUAUAAGGCCCCUGAGAUUACCUUUCCGCUGCAGCAGCCCUGGAACUCCAUGCCUCGUAUCUGGAUGGGGCACCGUCAGCUCUCCCCAAGCGUCUUUCCCAAACGUCCUGCAGUGUGCAAACGUCCGGCUCUUCAGCCGAAGGUAUUGUGAGUCAUCUUAUCCUGGACUCAUCACAAAGAACAUGAUUUGUGCUGGCAUCCUAGAAGGGGGAGUGGACUCUUGCCAGGGUGAUUCGGGAGGGCCUCUUGUCUGCAGAGGCCAGUUGGAAGGGAUUGUCUCCUGGGGUAUGGAGACAUGUGCGCAGUCCAAAUAUCCUGGGGUUUACACCAGGGUAUGCAAUUACAAGGACUGGGUCAACCAAGUCAUCAGGUGGAAUUAA